GAACGAAGUAUUGCACGCCAGAUUUCAAUAUAAUGUGGCUCACAAUCUCACCCGAGCUCAUGUUGUCGGCUAUGCGAUGGGCAGAACAGAGCCUCUAUAUCCUCCGUCCUAUUUGAUGUCGCCAAGCAUCGCGCGACUAAGCCGCUCUCUGCCAUGUUUUCGUCAAUUGGGGGAUUUUAUUGCCUCGCAGCCUUCGCGUCUGGGGUCGCGGCCGCACCUGCAUCAGACUUGUCUGCUGCGCUGGCGGGUUUCCCAUCCCUCACCAGCUUGAAAAGUCUCGUUGAUCAACGUCCAGCUGUCUUCGAUGCCCUUCUCUCAAGUCACCCAAGCGUCACGGUGCUCGCGCCGGACAAUGAUGCCUUCGCCAAAUACUCCUCAACUAAUGGGCAGCCGCUGUCUCAGGCAGCCUCCGCCGACCUCAACAACAUCUUGUCCUACCACAUUCUCGGCGCGGGGUUGACCUCUGCCAACUUCAGCGCUGCCAGGGGAAUAACUAUCCCCACACUUCUGCAGGGCGAGCUGUACAACAACCGCUCGGCUGGCGCUGAGCUGACCCAGACUUUCGGAGCCGACGCCAAUGGGCAGGUGGUCUACGUCCAGGCCCGGCAGCACGAGGAUGCAGGCUUUAGCCUGCAGGCCGGGGGGGAUGCCGAUGCAGCGAUCUUGAUGGCGCUUGACAAGACAUGGCCGGGAGGCUAUCUCCAUAUAGUAAACCAGGUUCUAGAUCUCCCCAGAAACUGCUCCAAUACGCUGGAAGGUGAAUCUUCAUUGAAGACGCUGAGUGAAUCGCUGGAGAAUACCGACGUCUACGAUGCCAUCGAUUACGCGUCCAAUGUGACAUGCUUGGCCCCGAGUAACGCAGCGUUCGAAGCCGCCGGCAAUCCACAGGAAAACCUGAGCCGCUCCGAGUUGAACUCGAUAAUGUGGUCCUAUGCUCUCCCGCAGCCUCUAUACCCAGAUCACAUCCGCGAUGGCAUGGAACUCACAUCUAUGGGAAACACAACAAUCAAAAUCACCCUGAAAGGAAACGAUACGUAUUUUAAUGACGCCAAAGUUGUCCAGUCCCCUUUGCUGUAAGUCCGGCGUCGACACUGGCCCACCUCUCUCUCAUAAUAAUUGUUUUCUCAUCAGGACGAACAACGGAUUAAUCUAUGUUUUGAAUAAAAUCCUGGCUUCCCCGUCUCAGAAUAACACUGCAACAACUUCUAGCGCGGCCCCAUCAAGCUCCCCGACGACGUCUGGUGCCAGCGGCCCUGUCACAGUCGACCGGUACUUACUAGUGGUCCUCGCAGUAGUUUUAGUAUUAAUGUUGGUGGCUUUCGACUGAAAAGAUAUAGGUCAGGGCUUUUUACACUAAAUAUGUCGUUAUGGCUCUUCAUUGGGCACGAGGUCAACCGCUGUCGGAGCGCGAUUUGACCAGCUUGGGAUCUGCUCGGUGAAAGGUAUAAGCAACGAAUAACGCUAUGAGAUGGGCGUCUGCUAUAGGCUUAGGGUACAACAGAGAUUGUAAUGACAGAGUGACA